AUGAAAAAAUUAAAAUAUGAAAGUUUAUGGGAAUCUCAUAAACAUGAUAAAACAUUUUCUGAUGCAAUUGAAGUGAGUUUAUAUCGAUUACAAAAAAAAAAAUUGUUAAUUGACUCUACUGAAGAUGAAAUAUCUGAUCAAUCUACUCGUCUUGGAGUUAAGAUAUUUAAAGCUAUAAUGAAUGUAAGAAAGAGUUUUUUAAUGAAGGAAAAAUUAAAAGAACUUAAUGUCAAACUCAAAGGGAGUAAAAAAGAAGAAGAAGAAAUAAGUGAAGAUGACAUACAAAAUGAAUCCAUGUGCAUUGAUCAUCAACAAGUGUCAGAAACAUUACACAAACAUCAAAAGUCUUCUGUCUCUGAAAUUUCAGAGAGUGAAUCUGAUGUUACUGAAAUGAAUAAUGAUCAAACGUUAAACAACUCUACUUACUCACUUGGAUAUGAUGAAGAAAUUGAAGAAUAUUCAACGAUAGACGAGAAUCAAAUGUUAUUGUCUAAUGACAAUAACAAAUUGAAAAACACUUCAUCAGCUGUAAAUUUAUCAGCACAAAACAUACAACAAGUUGCUGCAGGUGGUGUUAAAAGAAAACUGAUGGACAAUGACAGUAAUUUACCAACAACACAAAAUAAACGACUAUGUGUAGUUGAAACAUCAACUUUAAUGGAAACCAACCAACCUAGACCAAGAUGUGCUCCAAAAAAUGACGAAUCAAAAGAAAAAACUUUAGAUAGAAGUUUGCAUAAUGAACAAAAUGCAUGGAAACCAACAGCACGUUUGCAAAUAAAUAACAUAACUGCUGAUUAUAAAACACAAGAACUUUAUAAAAAAAUACGUUGUAUAUUGAAUAAACUAACAGCAGAAAACAUGGAUAAAUUGACUCAACAAGUUAGAGACUUAAAUAUUGAUUGUCAUGAAAAAUUAAAAGGUUUUGUUGAUUUAAUUUUUGACAAAGCUGUUGACGAACCAUAUUUCGCAGCGAUUUAUUCAAUGAUGUGUAAAAAAUUAGCAGACAUGCAAGUUGAUAUGAGACAAGAAAAUAAAACAAAUUUUCAUACUUUAUUAUUAGAACGUUGUCAACAUGAAUUUGAAAGUGCUUCUGUUAAUAAAAGUGAACGUAAUGCUAAACUUAAAGAAAUUGAUAAAUGUAAUGAUAUUGAACAGAAAAGAAAACUAAUAGCAUUACUUAAUGAUGCUGAUAGUCUCUCAUGCAGAAAAGCAGUUGGUAAUAUUAGAUUUAUUGGUGAAUUAUUUAAACAAGAUAUGAUUAGAAUUUCCAUUAUCGAUAGAUGUAUAAAAGAUUUAUUUGCAACACCAGUUGAUUACAAUAUUGAAUGUCUUUGUAAAUUGUUAACAACAGUUGGUGCAAAGCUAGAAAAUUCAAAGAAUAAUAAUUUUGAUUACUAUUUUCGUCGAAUGUCUUCAUUAGCCAGUAAUAAAAAACUAAGCUCAAGAGUUAGAUAUAUGGUUCAGUAUGUUAUUGAUUUAAGAGCACAAAACUGGAUACCAAAAAGAGAUGAUGAGAGUUAUCCAACAAUAAUGAAUCAAUUCAAUAACAAUGGCAGUCAACAAUAUCAGAUAGAAAGUUCAUGGGAGCCAACAACACGUUUUCAGACAUGUAGAAUAACUGAUGAUUCGGAAACACAAACACUUGCAAAAGUACAUUGUAUAUUGAUCGAGUUAACACCAGAAAACGUUGAUAAACUGGCUCAACAAAUUAAAGAUUUAAAUAUUAAUACACAUGAAAGAUUAGAAGGUGUUGUUGAUUUAAUUUUUGACAAAGCUAUUGAUGAACCAAAUUUUGCAUCAGUAUAUGCAUUGAUGUGUAAAAAAUUAUCCGAAAUGAACACUAAUGUCGUUGAUAUAAGACAAGGAAAUAAAAUAGAUUUUAAAACUUUAUUAGUAACACGUUGUAAACAUGCGUAUGAAAGUGUUUUUGUUAAUCAAGUUGCACGUCGUGAUAAACUAACAACAUUACUUAAUGAUGCUGAUCGUCUCUCAUGUAAAAAAGCAGUUGGUAUUAUCCGAUUAAUUGGUGAAUUAUUCAAACAAGACAUAUUUAGAGUUGGCGCUAUUGAUAGAUGUAUAAAACAUUUGUUAACAACACCAGUUGAUUACAAUAUUGAAUGUGUUUGUGAAUUAUUAAAAACAGUUGGUGAUGAAGAAAUAAGCUCAAGAAAUAGAUUUAUGAUUCAAGAUGUUAUUGAUUUAAGAGCCCGAAAUUGGAAACCAAAAAGAGACAAAGAUAAUUCAAUGAUAAUGAACCAAUCGAAUCGUAAUGUCAGUCACCAAUAUCAUACAAAAAAUGCAGAGAAAGCAACACCACGUUUGCCAAAAUGUAACAUAACUGAUGAUUCUUCAACACAAACAUUUUAUAAAAAAGUACGUGAUAUAUUGAAUAAAUUAACACAAGCAAACAUUGAUGAAUCGACUCAACGAAUUAAAUCAUUAGGUAUUAAUUCUCAUAAGAAAUUAAAAUGUGUUGUUGACUCAGUUUUUGAGAAGGCUAUCGAUGAACCAAACUUCACAGCAGUAUGUGCAGCAGUAUGUGAACAUAUGCGGCAAAAAUUGUCCCACGAACAAAUUUUUGAUGAUGAUAUAAAACAAAGUAACAAUAAAAAACAAGGACAGCGCUUGAUAACAUUUCAAACAUUAUUAUCGGUACGUUGUGAACAUGAAUUUGAAAGUGCUACUGUUAAUGAAACUGCUAGUCGUAAUAAACUUAAAGAAAUUGAGAAAUGUAAUGACAUGAAAAAGAAAAAAAAACUAAGAGCAUUACUUAAUGAUGCUGAUCAUCGUUUAGUUCGUUAUUAUAAAUUUAUCGGUGAAUUAUUUAACCGCGAGCUUCUCAAAAAAAUUUUUUUAAAAAAAUAUGCAAAUUAUUUAUUGACAAUACCAAAUGAAAGAAAAAUUGAAUGCAUUUGUGAAUUAUUAAAAAAAAUUGGUGCAACGCUGAAAAAAUCAAAGGAUAAUUAUUUCAAUUGGCAUUUUUCAAAAAUGGCUUUAUUAGCUCGUAAUAAAAAAUUAAGCUCUAGAGUUAGAUCUCUACUUCAAGAUGUCAUUGAUUUAAAAGCACGAAAGUGGAAACCAAAAAAAGAUAAAGUUAAUACAAUGAGUCAAGUUAGUAAAGAACGUAGACCAUCAAAAAAAGAUGAUAAAAAUAUUGAAGGUGUACUUAAAACAAAGGCAACUAGCAAUGAACCAACAGAAUUACCAACAGAAGUAAACAAACAACCAUAUGCUGUUGCAACAUCAACUUCAAUGGAAGCCAACCAGCAGACAUCAAUUGCAUUACCUGGAUCAAGUUGUACUAAUGCUCCGAUAAAUGACAGAUUAGAUGACAAAAGAUCGGAUGUGUAUAAUGAUUUGCCUCAAAGUCCAGAGCUUGAAACAACAGCAACAAAUCUGUUAUCAACAUCACGUCUUCACUUUCUAUAUUCACAGCUCGAUGAACAAAUUAAGACUCUCAUUAAUAUAGCUAUCUAUCAAUUCGAUGAUAAAUUCGAUCAUUUAGAUUAUUCAGAAUUUAUACGUAGGUCACUUGAAGUGACUAUGUUGGAAUCAUUGAAUAUUCGUGAAAAAUACUGGAGCUUUAUUGCUAAGUUGAUAACCGACAAUGUAUUCCCACUUGAAUUAUUCCAAUCAGAAUAUGAUAAAAUGUUUGAAGAAAUAAACGACGUUUCUCCUAUAUUCUGGACGUACAAAGCUGAAAUACUGAAAAUAUUAGUGAAGCGGGGUGCACAUCCGAUCAAAGAAUUAAAACGUACGACAUCAGUACUCAAAAAAAAAGGUCUUGUUGGUAAUCUGGUCGGUGAAUUACUUAAAAUAUUAUUAGCAAGUGAAGGUCAAACAUCAAUUACUGACAAAUGGAAUAACAGCGGUAUUGAAUGGACUGAUUUAUUUGAUACAUCACUCGAAGAUCCAGAUGAUAUUAUUAAAAAAUAUAAUUUACAGUUUUUAACAUUGGGUAAAACAGACCCAUUAAACGAACAGUUAUUGAAAUUAUUACGUGAAAGUGAUAUUGCCAAUACAAUAAAAUGGAUAACCGCAACUGUUGGUGAAGAAAAAUCAAGAACACCAAAAUUUGUCAGAAUACUUUUUACAUUAUUAUUAGAAUCAGGUAUUGAGACAAAAUACUCUUUUGAUAAGAGGAAUUUUUAUCAACCAAAUCGUUUAAAAAUUAUAAACCUCUUACCUCUUAUGAAAGAUUAUAUUGAUGAUAAUCUAGAAUCAGAAUUACAAUGUUUAUAUGCAUUGACCGAUGUUAAUCACAGAUGCAGAAACCCCCCAGGUUUUGUGUAUGAUAUAAUUAAAGAACUACAUCAAAAGGGUAUUAUAUCACUCAGUGCCUUUUCUGUAUGGCAUAAUGGAACUGCCACUACAUCUGAGUUAAUAGGUCACGAUGAAGCCAAAUGGAAUUUACUUUGUCAAUCAUUCUGGAUCAAGUUCCAAAACCGUGAUGAUUAAAGUUCAUUCUA